UUCGCCCCAGCGGGCUGUGGCGCCGUGUACCUAUUUCAGCUCCUCAAUCAUGAGAAAGGAAAAACAACUGGGCGUCAGGACAAGCGAUUAUCAGGACCGACAUGAACGCGGCUUUGUGUAUAUAAAUACAGAUAUAUGUAGAAUGGAGUAAUACAGUUUCGAUGUAUUGACUGUGUUAGUUUAGCUCUACACGGAGUUGUUUGGAGAGAGGUAGUCACUGUAGUGUGAGCUAGCUAGCGUUAGUUAGCAGUCCAGGUUUUCACUGGUUGGUGUUCACGAGCUGCUCCACUCGGCUUUAUUGGAGGGGACAAAGGCUCGGUAAAGCUGGCGAGGUAGCCCAUGAUGAAUCGCUUCCGAAAGUGGCUGUAUAAGCCGAAGAGGUCGGACCCUCAAUUACUCGCCCAGUUUUACUAUGCCGAUGAAGAGCUGAACCAGGUGGCCUCGGAGCUGGAUAGUCUGGACGGCAGGAAGGACCCUCAAAGAUGCACACUGCUUGUCAACCAGUUCCGCUCGUGCCAGGACAAUGUGCUGAAUAUCAUAAACCAGAUCAUGGAUGAGUGUAUACCAGAAGACAGAGCAAACAGAGACUUCUGUGUGAAAUUUCCGGAGGAGAUCCGCCAUGACAACCUCGCAGGACAGCUGUGGUUUGGGGCAGAGUGUCUAGCAGCAGGCUCAAUCAUAAUGAACCGGGAGAUUGAGAGUAUGGCGAUGCGGCCACUGGCCAAAGACUUGACACGCAGUUUGGAGGAGGUGCGCAACAUCACCCGUGACCAAGCGCUGCGAGACCUCAACUUCUACACAGAGCGCAUGAGGGAGGCACUGCGACAGUUUGACGGCCUAUUUGCCGAGUUUGAGCUCAGUUAUGUAUCAGCCAUGGUGCCUGUAAAGUCUCCUAAAGAGUACUACGUCCAGCAGGAGGUGAUUGUGCUCUUCUGUGAGACGGUAGAGAGGGCCCUAAAACUUGGCUAUCUCACACAAGACAUGAUUGAUGAUUAUGAACCUGCUCUCAUGUUUACAAUCCCCCGACUAGCAAUUGUGUGCGGACUUGUUGUGUAUCCUGAUGGACCUCUUAACCUGGAAAACAAACCAGAGGACAUGUCAGAACUCUUCCGACCUUUUCGCACAUUACUGAAGAAAAUUAGGGACCUGUUGCAGACUCUGACAGAUGAGGAGUUAACGACCCUGGAGCGGAAUCUGUGUAUCUCGCAGGAUGGGGAGUUUCCUGGAGAUCCUAUCUCCUCUACCUCAGAGUCUGCUACCUCUAUCAACUCCAAGAGUCAGGCGGAGGAGUCCCAGAAAAGAGAAGAGCAAAAGGAAGUGGAGAAGGGGACAGAGCUGGUUCUAUGUUCCUCUCAGUGUGAGGAGGAGGAUGCAUGGGAGAAGGACCAGGAACAGCAGGAGGUUCCAAGGGAAGGAGAUGAGGACACUGAAGUGGACCUGGCCUGUUCCAUGCAGUAUGACGAAGAAGAGAUUGAGCAGCUCAACAUGAUGGUACACCGUGUUGGUGAUCACAUGUCCACACUGCUCUCACCACCAAGCCAGAGGCCAUCUCCAGCUCAUUAUCACCGAAAAAAACAGACUAGCGUGGGUGGAUCUAGUGUGCCCUCAAGCACUGAAAACUCUCCUCAUCGAGCUCCUGGCUCCCAGCACGAGGAAGACGAGCGAGUCUUCUUCAUGGACGACCUGGAAGGCAUGGGCAGUGUUGGAGAUGCUGGAACUAGCUCAGGGGAACUCCGACAGGGGCAGCGAGUCUCUCCAAUCGUGAACCUCGGAUCCCUCAAGCACAUCAGGCCAGAGAUUACAAGUGACUCCACCUCCAAUGGAUGGAUGACAGCUUGUCAAUCAAAUGAGGAUUUUGAUCAGAGCAGCCAGGAUAAACUGUGCCUCUCUUCUGUACCUGCAGGAACCCCAGAAACCUUACCACUUGUGAAUGGCUGGGAGGGGCAGUUGGAUGGGGAGGAAGGGGAAGGGGGGGAGCCAGCAGAGGUCAUUGCCCACCGGACAGGUGGGAUGAAGCUGUCAGCCACUGUGAUCUUUAACCCACGCUCACCUAACCAGCCUGAGUUGGUGGUUUUGCCACGCUCAACCGAGGGAACUGCUCACCGCCUGCUCAACUCCUGUGUGUGCUGCACAGCAGGAUGUCUCGAUGCCCAUGAUGACCCCACUAACACAGAUAGCACAACUGAAGAUGGGAUUCUGGAGUUUAGGAAGUGCAAGCUUGCCAUCACAAGCACCGUUAUCCAGUCUGCAAUGGGAGCCUGUGGCACAGGGAAGGGAGAUGCCCCUUUGCCCCUUCCGCCUCCACCUGGCCCACAACAAUUGAGAGAGGAGGCUGAGGACCAAGAUGGAGGAAGGCUUCCUCAUGCCCCCUGUUGUGAGAAGUGCCUUGCCAAUAGCUCCAAGCUGUCCCCGCACAGAGAUACUGGAGAGGACGAGUCAAGAGAUGGAUACGCCCAUCAGGAAAGAGCCUGCAGAGUAAUGGCUAGCUCUGCAUCAAAGGAGAAACAGCCCAAAGAAGACAACAAAAAUGACUCCAGUUUACAGGGAUCCCCUCUCAGUUCAGGCACCAGCAGUGACUGUGAGAGUGUGUCUGUCACCACAUGCAGUCUGUCCAGUUCAUGCACCCCCAGUAGUUUGACCACCAGCUCUGAGAUGUCUGAGGAGCUUGAUCACCAGGAGCUUCAGCUGGCCCUGCAAGCUUCUAAACUGGUUGCUCACAACAAAAUACGUGCUCGCUUCCAUAGCAGUAGUGACCUCAUCCAUCGUUUGUUUGUCUGCAUAUCAGGUGUGGCUGAUCAAUUGCAAACAAAUUAUGCAAGUGACCUGAGGAGCAUCCUGAAGACGCUGUUUGAGGUCAUGGCAACAAAAUCCGAGCAAGGGGACAACGAGAAGCAAAAUAAAGGACCGAGAGUAGGAAGUGCUGGAUUAGAAGACUGCGCUCUUUGUCAAGAGACAAUGACCUCGUCAGAACUCGCAGCAAAGGCGCGGGACGGUCAGUUUGAAGACCCUCCUGAGUGGGUUCCGGAUGAGGCCUGUAACGCCUGUAUCGCCUGCAAGGCUCCUUUCACUGUCAUCCGGAGGAAGCACCACUGUAGGAGCUGUGGAAAGAUCUUCUGCUCCCGCUGCUCUUCACACUCAGCCCCGUUACCACGCUAUGGUCAGAUGAAGCCUGUGAGGGUGUGCACUCACUGCUACAUGUUUCACGUCACACCUUUCUACAGUGACAGGACUAGUGUUUGACUGUAGCCCUGCCUUGCACCACCGUUACACAUGGACAUAAGCACAUAUACCACGCGGAAAGAUGGAAACGUUUAGCAAAAGCUACACACACCCUUUUUUUUGAAGAAAAAAAAAAUGGUUACGCACAUUUAUUUAACCCUAUAUAUAUAUAUAUAUAUAUAUAUAUAUAUAUAUAUAUAUAUAUAUAUAAUUGUGCAUCUCAAAAAAAUUUAAUAUCUUGGAAAAGUUUGGGGGUUUUUUCCUGUAAUUUAAUUAACAAAGUGAAAUAUUUCAAGCCUUUUUUUUUAUUUAUUUAUUUAUUUAUUUAUUUAAAUCUGUAUUAUUACUGCUUAAAGCUCAUGGAAAUCAAAAAGUCCAGUAUCUCAAAAUAUGAGUAUAAAGAACUUAUAAUACAGAAAUGUCAACCUCCUGAAAGGUAUGUUCAUUUAUUCACUCAAUCCUUGGUCGGGGCUCCUUUUGCACAAAUUACUGCAUCAAUCAAUUUAUUCUAAUAUUUUGAGAUAGUGGAUUUUUGAUUUCCAUGAGCUAUAAGCCAUAAUCAUAAAGAUUAAAACAAAAAGGCUUGAAAUAAUUCACUUUGUGUAAUGAAUCUAGAACAUAUGAAAGUUCAUUUAAUUUAUAAAGUGGAAAAAAUUUACUUUUCCACACUAUUCCAGUUUUUUGAGGUGUGUGUGUGUCGACAUCGGAGAAGAAACCCUGAGCAAAGAACAAACUAGCUUUGACGUUCUGAUUCAUAAAUUAUCUGAAGUUAAUAAAUGCUUAUUAUCAAGCACAUUAAGAAAUGGCGCCAAAGUAUUUGCUGUAAUUCUCUUAAAUAGAGCAUGAAGUGAAUUGACAGAACUGAAUUGUGAUCGAUGGUCCCAGUGUUAGGGACUCUCACUCAGUGAUUAUUUCGAAUUAAAACUUUUAUUAGUCUUUUGCUAAUAGUGAUUUGAUUUAAUAGUGUCAGAAGUUCAAUAGGGCUCAGAUUCAUUACUGAAUGUAAACCGUGACGAACACGUGAGCAACUGUGACAAGUAUAAAGACAAUAAUAUUAACAUUAUUUGCACCAUUGAUUAUGCCAAUAUGUGCUCAUCAUAACAUACUGAAGAGUUUUUUAUUAUUAUUAUUAUUAUUCAAAAAGUUUUAUUUAAGAAAAGAUGCUGCUCUCUGUAAAAUAAAAAAAUGAGGCUUUAGAAUA